AUGUGGCAUCCUGAACGGCAUCUGUUUGUUGUGUAUUGGAGUGAUGUAUCAGAGUACGCUAUCUAUACUACCUGGCUUGAUGGAACCAAUCGAAAUGUCCUACUGAAUGCCACACAUGGAAUUGGAAUUGUAGAUGGUUUAGCAAUAGAUUGGAUACAACGUCGUCUGUAUUUUACCAAUCUUGGUCUAACCUUCCAUAGUGUGGAUGGCUCAGCUUGUGCAUCUCAUACUGUUGAAAUGGUUGCCUUGGAUGGCAGAAUGCGAAGGACAAUCGUUAGUGACAUAGAGAAACCAAGAGGUCUAGAUCUCGACCCAUACAACGGGUAUCUGUACUUCACUGACUGGGGGAGUGAACCGAAAGUUGUACGCACACUUCUAGAUGGCACUGAAGCUGAAAUUCUGAAAGACGAAGGACUGAGUAGCCCCAAUGGACUAACAGUGAAUAAUGGUCAGCUCUAUUUGACAGAUUCCAAUUACAACAAUAAGACAAGUGCGGCACAAAUUCUAGUUUUCAGUACUGCCACAAAUGAAUGGAAACAAAUAAAUCUGGUAGAAAACAUCAAGAUACCUAUGGGCAUAGCAGUCCAUGAUGACAUUCUUUAUUACACAGAUUGGUUUGUUGAAAAUGAUGGCUAUGGAUUCAUUUUACUCUAUAACUUGCAAAAACCCAAAUCAGAACCUCUUGCUAUCCUUGUAGGAGAACGACCAACAGGUCUUCAUUAUUCCACUCGAGAAUUGGCUUCCACAGUUCCAGAUGCAACAUGUGAUAAUGCAGCCUGCACCGAUGAAUGUGUGCGCACACCAAUGGUGGAAUCUUCUGAGCCUUUCCAUUGCCUCUGCCCUGACAUAGGCAACUGGAUUCUCUCCUCUGACAAAGCAACAUGCACUGAGCCACAAAACUUUUUAAUUGUUGCUGACCUGAAUGCAAUCAAAAUGAAAGGACUUGAUAACAAUUUAGACAGCAAGAUCCACACCUUACACUAUGGCCAUGCGGAUAGCAAUUUUGUCGCAGUAGUUUACAGCCAUGAAGAUAAAACCCUUUUUUGGAGUGAUCUACAUGAUGGACGCCAAGCAGUUCUUCAUUCAGAUAUAGAAUCUGUUAAUGCCCAAGUGUUGAUGAAUGUUAACUAUUCAAUCGACUGUUUGGCUCUUGAUGAGAAACAUCAAAAAAUAUACUGGACAGGUUACAACAAUGAAACAGGUCUCAUUGCCGAGGUCACCCUAAAGCGUGGUGCUUCUUCAUACAAAGAAUUAUUGUUGAACCUUGAUUCUCCAAGGGCGAUCACCAUUCACCCAGAUAAGAAGUUUAUAUUUUGGACUGAAUAUGGCCUAAAGUCAGGAAAACCAGCUAUAUACAGGGCUCAUCUGACUGGACGACAUCAUAAGACAUUAAUGACAAAAAAGUUACACUGGCCAAACAGCCUUGUCAUUCAUCAAGAUGAAUUGUAUGUGGCUGAUGGAUUUUAUGGACGAAUAUAUACUAUGGACUUUAAAGGUGAGAAUCAACGUGAACUGCUGUAUCUGUCAAGCACAAUGGAUCACAUUUUUGGUCUUCAGAUCCAUGAACAUUUGUUGUUCUACAGUCGAUGGUAUUUGCCAAGCAUCCAUAUGGUUGAUAUGAUCACAGGGAAAGAUGAGAUCUUUAUUGACCAUUUAACAAGACCAACUGCAAUUUUUGUGCACCAUCCUGCAAAUCUAUCAGAAAACAGUUUAUGCAACACAGAGAAGAAUACAUGCAGUGGAAUAUGUGUGCCAGUUCCUCAUGACUACCAUUGCACUUGUGAACCAGGCUAUCAGCUUGAAGAUGAUGUUUGUGUAGAAAUGACAAAUCCUUGGCAGCUAACGGAUGAUGCACUGUGUCCCGAUGGAUGUCACACACAUGCCUAUUGUGCAAGACAUAUGCCCCUGUUGUACUAUGAGUGUGUGUGCGUUGCUGGCUUUGAAGGAAAUGGAAAGUUCUGCAAAGUGUGCCCAAAAGACACCUAUAAGCCAGAACAUGGAAAUGGUACCUGUAUUCCUUGUCCAGAAGGUUCAGGAACUCAGAAUACCCUGGCAGCCAAAGGAUGUGUUUGCAAAAGUCUCACAGCAGAAAUGAUUGAUGGAGUAUGCAAAGAAACUAUAACAACUACAACCACAGAACCAACAACAACAUCAACAUCCACAACAACAAUAGCAACGACAACAACCACAAUAAAACCCACAACUGCGGAACGAAUUGUUUCUACAAGAAAUCAAAAAGCCAAUAUCGGUCUUCCUUAUUUUACUGAUUGUCCUGAAGGUACAACGAUAAGGCUGAGUUUACCCCCUCAGGCUAAUGCUGUGCACCUCCCUAUUACCUGGACAGCCAUCGAUCACUUGGGCAAUAGAAUCCUGUUAGAAUCUAAUGUUCCAUUUAACAAAGAUGGACUCACUUUCAAUUGGACUGACCAGUCGGCCACACAGAAGGUGAUUUUCACAGCUAUCGAUCGCUGGAACCAGGAGAUUGCUUGCAAGUUUAAUGUCAUUGUUGAAGAUAAAGAGGCCCCACAGUUCACAUACUGUCCUCAUAAUAUCGUCAUCAAGACAGACCAGUACACAGAACGGGUACUCUGGCCACAGCCUAUCGCAGAGGACAAUACAGAAAUACGAGAGGGAAAUGAAAAUGAAACAAUUUUGUUCCUACAAAGUGUGAUACAUGUACAUUUUAUCUAUCCUUUUCCUAUCUACCUCUCUCUCUCUCUCUCUCUCUCUUCAUCCCUUAAGGUGGCUUACUAUCUCUUGUGCAUUUUCUGUAUCCUCUCCCUGUCUUUAUCCCUUUUACCUUUAUUCUUCUUUCUCACCCCUUUAACAUAUACUCCUCUCCCUCUCUUUUCUAUCUCCCCUUUACCCACCCCUCUUACUAUCUCAUUUAUAUUUUCUCUAUUCCUCCUCCUCUCUAUCCCUUUUACCUCAACUCUUCUUUCUAUCAACUUUCCUUUCGCUAUUUCUUUUACUUUCACUGUUUCCUCUUUUCACUAUCUAUUCUGUGUUUUAUCUUCUCCUUCUGUCUUUAUCUUUAGGGGCCUUUAUUCUUUCUUCCCUUUCUAUGAUUACUUAAGUUUUUUCUGUCACUAUCUCUUCUCCCCUUAG